AUGUCUUCCAGGCCGCCCUACAAAGGAUCUCGUCGAAAACUUGUUAUGGCUUUCGAUGUAGGCACGACCUUCAGUGGAAUCUCCUACAGGUAUCUUGGUCGACUUCUAACUCUAUUUAGUUUCAUUCUUUGUUCAACCUGCAGCAUCCUCGAUCCUGGACAAGUACCUGAAGUGAAGGGGGUGACUAGAUUUCCAGCGCAGGAGCAUAGCAGUGGCUCUUCAAAGAUACCGACUGUAGUUUAUUACGACAAGCAAGGGACUGUUCGCGCUAUUGGCGCUGAGGCGGCUAGUGAAGGAAUCUUCGAACAAGCUGAGGAUGGUGAUUGGUAUAAAGUGGAGUGGUUCAAGCUGCAUCUCCGGCCGAACACAAAGCAGACUGCCCACAUCUCUGAACAGCUUCCUCCACUGCCCCCUCAAAAGAAGAUAAUCGAUGUUUUUGCUGACUUUUUCAAGUACCUAUUCCAGUGUGCAGCCAGUUACAUUCAAGAAACGCAUGCGAACGGCCGGACAUUGUGGAACUCCCUCGAAGACGAUAUUCACUUUGUCCUUUCUCAUCCCAAUGGGUGGGAAGGGCCCCAGCAAAGUCAAAUGCGACAAGCCGCAGUUAUUGCAGGUCUUAUCCCCGACAACACCCGUGGGCGUUCCCGUGUUUCUUUUGUUACAGAAGGAGAGGCUAGUCUUCACUUCUCGAUCGAGAAUGGCCUUCCAGCAGAUGCAAUGGAGACAGGUGAGGGUGUCGUUAUCGUAGACGCAGGAGGCGGAACGCUCGAUAUCAGCGCUUACAGCAAGAGUACGAAUGGCGCUAAGGAUAGCUUUGAGGAAAUUUCUGCGCCCCAAUGUCAUUUUCAUGGAUCAAUUUUCGUCAGCAUCCACGCCCGUCAGUUCCUCGAAGAUCAUCUUUCCGACUCGGCGUUUAUUGAUGAUAUCGAUAACAUGGUCCGGUGCUUUGAUAGAACCACGAAACUGAGAUUCAGGAACGUCAAUGAACCACAGUUCAUCAAGUUUGGUUCGACUCGGGACAACGAACCUGAGUCGGACAUCCGCUACGGCCAACUAAAAUUAACGGGAUGCAUUGUCCAAGCAGUGAAUGAACAGCAGAGGACUGCCCACAGAGCUUUCUCGGUAUUGCAAUUCUUUGCUGUCCUUCAAGCACAUAUCGUUCUUGUCGGAGGUUUCUCCAGUAACGAUUGGUUAUAUCAAAGAGUGAAGGAGGAUUUGCAGCCACUGGGCUACAAUGUUAUCCGCCCGGUAAAUCACUUGAAUAAAGCUGUUGCUGAUGGAGCCAUUUCGUUCUACAUUGACCACUACGUCCACACUCGGGUAUCUAAGUUUGACUAUGGCCAGUUUUCCAAUGUUCGCUACGAUCCUCAAAAUUCGGAGCAUGAGGCACGCUACAAAGACAGUUACGUUUCCCUUUCUGGGCAGAGAAAUAUCAAGAAUUCAUUUAGCGUUAUUUUGCCCAAGGUGAACCCUGGAAUGAUAUAUUGCGCCUUCUUCUUUUCUAACUUUGGGCGCCAGAAUACACAGGUGUCAGAGACAAAGGAAUUCUCACGGAAGUUCCACCUUUCCCGACCGACGUCAAGUGGACUUAAAUCCGCUCCCGCCAUGCUUUGGUCUUACCGUGGUGAAAUAACUAACCCUAGGUGGAAGGAUGUUGAUAAAGGCUAG